AUGCCAUUCAGUGCGCUCUAUCGAGUGCCAGAUGGCUCUCAUGACUUUCAAAACCAGCAGAGAUUCCAACGUCACCAUUCGCAACUAGCCAUUGUCGAUCCUGACACCGUAGAUUACAGCGAGUGGCAUGAGAUGGACUUUACCACUGCACCCCUCAAUUCCUCCACCCCCAACUCAGCUUCUCAUCACCCAAAAUACUCGGGCACGAUGGACACAGACGUCGAUUCGCUGGCCUUUGUGCGAUCUCCUAACAGCCAACGUCACAAUUCCACCGCCUCACCUCACAGCCAACAACAGUCUCCUGGGGCUCACUCACUCUCAGGAGACCUUUACACCACGGGACCUUUCUCCUACUCGCAACUUCUCAACAUGGACUCGGACCUCUCUUCCAUGGAUCAGUCGAGCCUCAGCAGCUCACGCGCUGAUUACAGCUCCAAGAUGCUCAACGACAACAGCACCAUCGCAACUUCUUUAUCAGGAUCUGACUCUCUCAACGCCUCGCCCCCAGUCGCAACGCUGGAUCCCAUUGCCAUCAGUUUGGCUUCCAAGACGGGGCCCAACGAGAAACUCUGCCCUCUCAUAGCUGGUCAAGUUGAUUCGUGUCAGCCACAGCGCUGUGGCCCUGAUGCUCCUUGCAUGAAUUUCACCACUCUUCCUCCGAUAGAAGAAUGCACUUCGGUGCCUUGUAUCACCCAAGAUCCUUCCCCUAACGAGACCAUGAUCACCAGCGACAGCGUAUCCGUCUCUGUUCACUCGCGACCAAGCUACAGUGCGCGAACGAGUACGGUGAACUCUGCACGACGCUCAUCUGCGUCCUCGAAUGAUUUUUCACUCCAGGCAGUUCCCUUACCACCACGUCGUAAUGCCACCGGACCAGCACGGCGCCGUACAGCGGUUCGCUCGCAAUCAUCCACAAUCGCCCCGACCAUCUCGAACAACAUGGGCUCGGAGGACGAGGAUGACGACAACUCGGCCUCCAAACCCAUGGCACCUAGCAAAGCCGACGCGAAGCAACGCGCCAAGCAGGCACACAGCCUCGUCGAGCGCAAGUAUCGCGAGAACCUCAACGCCAAAAUUGCUCAACUACACAACACACUUCAGUCAUCUCACUACGGUCCCAAGGUGGGACAAGAAGAUGAUAGUGAUAAUCCAAAUGGACCAAUCGCCGCCAUACCGGCCAGUAAAGUACGCAAGAGCGACGUGCUGACUGAGGCGAUGAACUAUGUCAACCAAACUGAGGUUGAGAUGCGGCAUAUGGAGAACGAAAUUCAUCGACUUAGUGAGCGCGUCAGAGUGCUCGAGAAAUUGGUUCGGUGCGAAGAUUGCAGUCUACUGAAACAAAUGGUCAAUUUACAGGUCCAAGCUGUCUGA